GUUCCGCUUCGGAAGCAUCGGAAGUGGCGCUCGCAUUAAGAGCUCCGUCGGGGUGGAGGCUGGGACCGACGUGGCCGAGUCGGGAGGGGGGCGUGGCCAAGACUGGAGGGGCGUGGCCAAUCCCAAGUGGCGGCGGCGACGCAGCUGGAUGGCAGGGGCAGCCCGGAGCUCCCCGCUCUCGCACGGGAUUAACCAGCCAGGCUGAGGCUGCAUAGCAACAAUGGGUGAGGGUUUUUUCAUCCAUGGAGUCCUUUCCAUCUUAUUGCUUACCGUCUCCUGUGUGGCCCAUGAACUCCCCUUGUGUGAGAAGGAGGCUGAGUCCUGGGGAGCCAUAUUCAGCGAAGACCGCCUGGAUGCCUGGAUCUAUUCUUUGAUUGGUUCAGUUAUGGUGGGGCUGAGUGGAGUUUUUCCUCUGUUGAUCAUUCCUCUGGAGACCGGAGCAGCUCUGAAGUCAGAAGAGGGAUCCCGUCGACUGAAGCAACUCUUGAGUUUUGCUAUUGGGGGGCUCCUGGGAAAUGUGUUCCUGCACUUGCUCCCUGAGGCCUGGGCAUACACCUGCAGCGCCACUGCAGGAGAAGGGCAGAGCUUUCAGCAGCAAAAACUUCUUGGGCUCUGGGUGAUUGUUGGCUUGCUGACCUUCUUGAGUCUGCAGAAGAUGUUCCCAGAUAGUGAAAAGCAAGGAGAGUCCAGCCUGGUCAAUGACCCCCAAGUUUCUGCUAAAAAGAUUCCAAAUGGGAGCAGCUUCUCUGUACAGGAGGCAGCCAAUCCAAUCCAGAGAAAGAAGCCAGGCCGAGCUCAGUACAAUGGUUCUUCUCGUGUAUCUUUAUCAUCAACCCCCAAAAUCAAGAUCAGUGGAUACCUCAAUCUCUUGGCCAACACAAUAGACAACUUCACUCAUGGCCUAGCAGUGGCAGCCAGCUUUCUGGUUAGUAGAAAGGUUGGACUUCUGACCACCAUGGCGAUUCUCCUGCAUGAAAUACCCCAUGAGGUGGGGGAUUUUGCCAUCCUCCUUCGCGCUGGGUUUGAUCGCUGGAGUGCUGCCAAGUUGCAGCUCUCCACAGCCCUUGGGGGAGUUCUGGGAGCUUGCUUUGCGAUUUGUGCUCAGUCACCAAAAGGAACAGGGGAAACCAUCGCUUGGAUUCUCCCAUUUACCUCUGGGGGAUUCUUAUACAUUGCCUUGGUAAAUGUUGUGCCUGAUCUCUUAGAGGAAAAGAAUCCUUGCAACAAAGUUUUCCAGCCAGAACUACUGAAUCUGGGUUCAAGCCAUAGUUGGAAUAAAGUGGAUGGACCCGACAGUUUUUGCUGACAGUGUGAUGGAUGGGGUGGAUAUCCAUGGGCUAUCCAGCCAGUCAGGAACUCAGUGCAACAAGUCCUCCUCCUGUGUACCGGCAUUCUUGUCAUGGUGCUUCUUUCGCUCACCACUGAAUGAGUGGCUCAGACUUCCUUCUGCUGCACUUCAAGGCUGCCUUCAUUCUGAACUGUUACAAAGCAAUAAGGGACACCAUUGGAUUUUUCUUCGUUGUGUGCCUGUGGAUCCGGCUGCUGCUAUAAAAGGGCGGAUAAGGGGAGCAUGGUUUUUAGGAUGGAAUGGUGGACUGUUAUUCUUGUUUUAAAAUCAUUAGAAUCCGGGACUUCCAAAGAUUUAAGAGAACCAAGUGAACGUUGGUUUGGGUUUUUUAAAAUUGUGCGUCUGUAUGUGUGUUUUUAUAAAAUAAUAAUUUAAACAGAA